AGCAUCAUUUCUUGCAGUUUGGUCGGUUAAUCUACACACACAAACAAAUCCGCCAUGAAAGUUUUGGCCGUAGCAAUCUUAGCUACCGUAGCUACCCUUAGCUCCGCAUAUCCCGGAGGACACGGUGCCAUCGCUUAUAUCGGAGGCCACGGCGGAUACGAUGGCGGAUGUGACGGACACGGAGGAGGUGCCGGAGGUGGAUGCGGGGGUGGAUUAGGUCUUGGAGGUCUUGGCGGCGGCCUCGGUGGUGGACUCGGCGGUGGAUUUGCCGUCGGUGGCAAUGGAGGUGGAUACUAUGGAAGUGAAGCUGCUGGUCCAACCUACGUUCAAGGUCCUGCUGCUGGUAGUAAGACCCUCUUGGGACCCGUUGAAGGACCAAACAACAUUCAAGGAGCUUCCAAUGGACCCACCAACCUUGCCGGACCCCAACAAGGACCUGCCAGCAUUGUAGGACCCAGCCAAGGAACCGCUAGCGUAAUUGGACCCACCAACGGAGGUGCUCAUAUUGUAGGAGCUGCCCAAGCACCAAUCACCUAUUCCGAAGGUAUCGCUGUAGCCACCGGAGGAUUGGGAGGUGCUGGAGGUUUGGGAGGUGGAUUAGGAGGUGGAUACGGAGGCGGACACGGUAUCGUUCUUGGUGGAUACGGCGGUCACGGAGGAUACGGAGGUUCCUCAGCAGGUCACAUUAGCUACGAUGGAGGAAUACUCAAAGGCCCUGUUACCGUACCCGUUGUCAUCAAAGGUUCAUCUGGCAAAAUCGUAGCUGACGGUCUUUACGGACUUCCUGGUGGACAUCACUACUAAACCGACCAUAGGCAAACCAAUUCUUUCAGUAUUACGACUUUUACUUAUUCUUUGUUAGUCCUUAUUACCUAAGAUCGUCACAACACAUCUUAUUUUUAUCAUUUUUCAUUUUUUUCAUGUUUCAUGCUCAAAAAGGUUCGAUUGUAGGCCCGAUGCGCUGUUUUAGGCGCUGGCAGGCAGUUCAAACUGAACAUUUUUUGAGCAUUACCUGUGAUUUUUUUUUCAUUAUGUACGAGCUUGGUGUUAUUUCAUCAUGUUAUUUAAUAUGUAUAGUUUUUAUGUUUUUUUUAUUUUUUACUUGUACAAAUGUAUAUGCGUUAAUAAAUGACUCUUUUUAAAAAAACAAAUA